AUGUCGUAUGAAAGAAUUUAUAAAGAAUUAAAUUAUGCUAAAGAAGAAUAUAAGAAGGCAGUGGAGAAAUUGGAGAGGGAAUAUAGGAGAUUUAGAAGAGGAGAGAGGAGAAUUGGAAAAGGAGAAGGAGAGGCUGGUGAAGAACGUGGACGAUUGAAAGAAGCAGGUGGAGGAGUGGGGAAAGUAAUGAACAAAUUGCUUGUGAAACAUAAGUCUGAAGAAUUAGAAAGUGAAGGUGUUGAUAAACAGUUGGAUAAUGAUGACCUGGCUUUUUUAAAUUGUCAUCCACCAAAAAACCAUGAUAUACCAAUUACCUUGUACCAUGAAUUUUUUGGAGAAUUUUUAAAAGAUUGUAAAGAUUUCAACAUAAAAAAUGAAGACAAAAACACAAGGUUUGUCAACUAUGAUACAACAUCUUAUAAAUUCAAUAGCAAUGGUCAAGAAAUUGAUGGUGUAUGGAGAAAAAAAUACAAUGGGAAAACUACUUUAUUAACCAUCUUUGAAUUCAAGAAUGAGUUUUCAGUAGCUGAUUCUUACAUGCAAGCAAGUGCAUACUAUUCUAAAUAUUUUGAAGAGUUAUAUAUCAAAAAGUCACAUAUCCUUCAACACACUUGCAUACCAACUUUCCUUGUUUACAUUUAUGGACCCUAUUUUGGAAUUGCUGGUGCAGUCAUGGGACAAAGCAUUACUAUUGACCCACUUAUAGAAGGAUCACUAAUAUUAAGACAUGGAAAUGAGUCUUGGAUAAACCAGAUAACAAAAGUUUUUUGUGCAUUACGAAAAGCUAAUGACAAUCUGGAUAAAUAUUAUGAAGAAAUUGUGAAAUCAGGAGAGAAUCUUCAAAUGGAAAGAAAAAUGAAGGAACAAGUACGUUAUCCUUUUUUAAAAAAAUAUAAAUCAACAUCUGAAGAAUUUGUGAAUAUUGAGUAUAUAGAUCGGAUUGAUAGUGAAAAUAAAAAGCUUAUUUUUUUGGUGAAGGAAUCAGGAGUAAAGCGUAUUCUGAAAUUUACUACUUUAUACAAUGCAGAUGUACAUAAAUUCUGCUUCAAUCAAGGUUUUGCAUCAGAACUGGUAAAAAUUGAUAAUGUUGAGAACACUGACUUUAGAUUUGUUAUUAUGGAAUACCUUGAUGGAUUUAAUGUUAUAUCUGACAUAUGGCAUAAAUUAAAAGAGAAAGAAAAGAUAGAGUUAAAAAAAAAGAUUUUAGAUGUAGUAAAAAUAAUGCAUGAUAAUAAUUUUGUUCAUGGUGAUCUUAAUUUUGAAAAUAUAAUGGCAAAAUUAAACUCAGAUGGAAAUUGGAUUGUAAAAUUUAUAGAUUUUGACUGGACUGGAUAUAAUAGAGAAGCAGAAUAUCCACAAUUCCUAAAUAAGAAGAUUCCUUGGUAUAAUGAUGUGCAACAACUUGGUAAAAUCUUUUAUGAUCAUGAUAAUCAUUUAAUAAGUUAUUACUUUAAUAGAUAUAGAUGA